AUGAAUUUGUGCUGUAAAUUUGUUGCCGGUGUAUAUACGCCAAGUGUUAGAAAUAUUCCAAUUAGUAAAGAUGAACAAUUGUGGUAAGUUUUUUUUGUGAGAGAAAAAUAAUGAAAUUUGACGGGUGGAAAAGAGGAUGGAUAGGAUUCACUAAAUCCCAUUUGUACUUUCUUCAGUAAUACUUUUUUCUCAAGACAAUUUUUUCAUUUUGUAGCAUGCGAGAAGCGCAGUUUCACUCCGCAGCACCGCCGACCUUAGCUCCAAAUCCGUCCCAAACAUCAGCGAGUCAGCACCUGGACCCAGGUAAGAUUAUUUUUUUUUGUUUCUAUAUUUUCAAAAGUGUUGUCCUGCACCGGUUGGCAAAACGCAUGACAUUUUCACAAUUUCAGUAGCUCAACUGCCGUCAAAAUCGUCUAUGCCUGGAGGUGGAAUGAGAAGAACUUCAAAGCCAGCCGUUAGCUCUAAUUCGUUAUUAAAACAAGCAAUUGCAAAUCGGAUAAGUGGAGAAGUUGAAGCUAUGCAAAAAGAAAAAGAAAUUCCAGUCGAAUCAAAAGAACCUGCAAAAAUUCAUAAAACCGAUUCGAAUGAAAUGUCCAAAAGUGUGUUGUUAAAUCCAGCUUGGUAUCGAGAUGAACAAGGUCGAACUGGAUAUAAAACAUCGGAUUGGGAAAAUGUAUCCAAUAAACAAAAAGAUGUUGUGAAGCAGAAAAAAGGAGGCAAAAAAGGUGCAGUUGAUGAUGGCAUCAAAGAAUUGGACACAGAUUUGUUGAGUGAUAAUAGUGGUGGUGGAAAGGGAAGUGCGAGUGGAAGUCAGACACCGACACCGACACCAAGUGAAUGUUCGGACCCAAAAAAAUUGGCGAAGGAAUUGAAGAAAAGAGAAAAAGAGAUGAAAAAAGCUGAAGAAAAGGCAAAGAAAGAAGAGAAAAAAUUGAAGAAAAAGAAAGCCAAAGAAGGAGCUGAAAAAACUGAUAAAGAUUCUGAUAUCGUUGUGGAAACUGAAGAAGUUGAAGUUCAAGUAAAACAGAAAGAAAAAUCCACCGAAAAAGCUGCAGCAACUAUCAAACUGACAUUGACACCAAAAAGAACACCAACAUCAAUUAGAAAACUGAAAGCUGAGAGUUCUGGAAAUCCAAAAAAGACAACAAUUGGAGAAAGAAGAGAUUCAAAUAUGUCGAUUGCUUCAAGAGGAUCUUUCAAAUCUGUGACAUUUAAUGAUCGUGUUGAAACAAGAGAAAUUGAACGAAAUAGUAAUAUUUCAUCGAGUGAAGAUGAUGCUGCAAUAAUGAGUGAUGAUGAAUUAGCACGACCAAGUUUAGCAAGACGGAAAAAGAUUGCUACUUUGAGACAGGCUCAACAAUUACAAAAGCAAAAUUAUAAUGAGCAACAACAAGAGCAACGACUUGAACAUCAAGAUUUUUAUGGUAAUGAUGAUCUAGACGACUUCGAAGAACAAGAACGACUUGCACUUCUUGGAAAUGCUCCACAAUAUGUUAUUUCACAACAAGAACAUGAAGAAGAUGAGGAUGAUGAAGAAGAAGAUAAUGAUGAAGAUACAAUAAGUCAAAACAGUUAUUAUGCAGAAGAUCGAGAAGGUGCUGAUAUAUAUUUGCGAAAUGAGAAAAGUUUCAUUGAAAUGGAGAUAACACCAGCUGAAGUUAUGGGAAGUGAUGUUAUUUAUGAGAGGAAUAUGAUGGGCUCAAUGAGCAAGUUACACGGAGAUGAUUCAUCUGCAAGUUUAUUAUUUGGAUAUCAGUUACCUAGAAGUGCCAGUGGGUAUUUUGAGCCUGGAGCAAUGAAUUAUUCCUACGAAGAAGCGAUUCGUGGACCAGGUGUUCAUGGACUUCCAAUCCCGCCAAAUCAAUUAAAAAUCACUUCAACUCAACGAAGUGUUUAUGAAAAUAUGGAAUCACCUGUUUCACUUCCACCUGGACAAGGAGGAGCAUUUUUGGCAGCUGCCAAUACAAGUGGCCCAGGACGAUAUUAUCCUGUUCAUGAGUUGAUGCAACAACAACCAUCAUCUUCAACACAAGGAUCUCCAUAUUCUUCGAGAAAUCAACUUGCUAGACAGCAAUUUUUCACAUCAGCAACUCAAGCACCAACAAAUAUCGUAUCAAAGACAACUGAAGCAAUUAGUCAAAGUAGUUCAACUUCAACUUUGAAAGAAGAAGGUGAAGAAAGUGAAAUGAGAAAGAAAUUUGUUGCGAGAUUUGGUGCAAGAAAGGCGCCAAUUGCACAUAGAGAAGAAGAUCCAGCUGAUCCAGUUCAUGGAAUGGGAAGUCAAGAAUCAAUGAAUUCGACAGAUUCCAGAGAAUCAGUUGUGUCUGCGGCAUCGGUUAGAGCUGAAGCUAUUGCACGACGAAAUUUCAAUUAUUAAAUUCCAAUUAUUAUCCGCUUUUUGCACUUUCUGUGAGUUGAUUGCACUUGUUGAUCAAUCAUAUUUUCAAUUUUCAGCACUUCUGAUCCGAUAG